CACUGGAGUCUGGAAAGUUAGUUUUGAAAUAGCCUGAGCAGUCGGGAAGUUGUCGAGAAAAUACUUUUUUUUUAUCGUUGUGUGUUCAUAUUUACCAGUGAUUUUUGUGUUACAACUCAAGAUUCGUGCGUUUUUUAGUGAUACUAUGUCUUACAGUAAUUCACCACAGGACACAGAUCCAUUCCAGUAUGGGUAUCAUCACAAUCAUCAUAAUUUUCAUUAUAUAUCAGAUGGUAGUACCGUAGGUGGCGACGAGUCAAAUUUUUGGUCAAACAGUCCAAGAUCCGAAUCACCAUCUCCAAAUGUUUUACAAAGUCCAAUAGAUAACUCUUAUCAAUUAUAUGGAAAUACACCCCCAUGUUCAAAUACAAACCCCCAUUAUGGGCCAUAUCGAUCUAAUUAUACUACAAUUUCUUCUCAAUCUAGUCUUGGUACUCCAUUUGUCCGAGUAAUAAAACGACGAACGACAGCAAACAAAAAAGAACGAAGAAGAACACAAAGCAUAAACAAUGGUUACGCUAAUUUGCGGGAUUGCAUUCCAAACGUGCCUGCCGAUACAAAAUUAUCUAAAAUUAAGACCUUAAGACUUGCCACAUCGUAUAUAGCUUAUUUGACAAGGGCACUAGAAACAGACACACCAGGUACAUUUAAAGCUGAAUUGGGAACACUAUCACGGAAAUCAAAUAGUGCAAAUACCCAGCAAAAUCACCAUAACAAUAAUAGUUGUAUGAAUGGUCACAAUUCACCUAAAAGUGACUCUUCGGAAGAAGGUACGACGAAGAAAGGUCGCACUGGUUGGCCCCAACACGUUUGGGCUUUAGAAUUAAAGCAAGAACAGGCGUUAUAAGUUUUAUAAACGCCUUAUUUUGGCUGAAAAAUUAUCUAUCCUGAAAGAUCAUCUUUUUAUAUACCAUUUUAGAUGAAAGAAAUGAACUCCUUCCUAUUUUAAAUGAUUUUUAAAAUAAUGAAAACUAAUGUUCGAUCUGAAUUAGUCAGUUUUUUAGAGAACACCAUUGCUAGUGCAAAUAAUAAACAAACAAGAAUUUAUAAACAUAGGAAUGGAAAAUAAAUCGUUCAGACUAACCUGGAAGUAAGUAAUUUCACUCCAGAGGUUUCCUUUAGUUGUAUAUCUUAUCUAUUUGCCGAACAUUGCCACAUGGCCCCUUAAUGUAUACAUUUACAUACACCUUAAGAGUUUUAUAUAUUGUAACUAUAGUAAAGUUUAUAAUUAGAUAUUUUAUAUCCGAUUUGUUUAUGUUUAUUAAUUUGUUUGUACAACCAGAAUAGUAUUA